AUGUCACCUGAAACACAGUCGUCUGGAAUGGAUGUAUCCUACACCUUCGCAGGAGUUCUACUAGACUUCGACGGCACUAUCAUCGACUCAACAGAAGCUAUUGUCGAGAACUGGAAAAGAAUCGGCAAUGAGUUAGGCAUCGACCAUGAAGAAAUCCUCCGCACAUCGCACGGUCGACGUAGCAUUGACGUCUUACAACAGCUAGAUCCCGCAAAGGCAAAUUGGGAAUAUGUCAGCAAAAUGGAAUCCCAAAUCCCCACCCUCAGCAAAACCCCCGCCGUCGAAAUCCCCGGCGCGCGCAACCUCCUCGAAUCAUUGACCAAACUCCACAUUCCCCACGCCAUCGUGACAUCCGGAACGAAAGCAUUACUGAAUGGGUGGUUAAACGUUCUACAACUCCCUCACCCGCAGCAUGUCACUGUCGCCGAGGAUGUCACGCUGGGAAAACCAGAUCCGGAGGGCUAUCGCAAGGGGAAAGAGAAGAUUCUGGCUUCGAGGGAGAAUGGUGAUGAGGGCAGUAAGGAUGUCUUGGUGGUGGAGGAUGCGCCGGCUGGUAUUCGGGCGGGAAAAGCGGCCAACUGUAAGGUUCUGGCGGUUGCGACGACGCAUUCUGUUGAGGCGUUGAAGGAGGCGGGAGCUGAUUGGGUGGUGAGGGAUUUGAGGUUCGUCGGGGUGGAGAGGUGUGAUGGGGGGUUUAGGGUUGGGUUGUCGGGGUUGUUGUAA